GGAACAUUUGUUUUCUGCUUCUCAUUCCUGACAGCUUGUUUGGAGCCGGGCUGUUGAUGAAAGUUGAUGUAGCGAAUUAGAUAUUCAACUCAACGUUAGGUCGGCUCAAAAUCUGACUGGGAUGGUAUCAUGGAGAGAGACAAUCAUCAAGUAGGAGAGACAGAGGGAGUGAAGAUUUGUGAUCCGCCCUGUGAGAGCAAUCCACCUGCUGACACUUUGGCGACUUCUCUCUCCCUCUUGGGGAAUCACAUGUUUCCUUAUCCGUUGGAGAGAAAACACAGGAGCGCUGUUAAAGAGGAGCCUGCAGAUUCACUGUCAGACGUUACAGCUGAGGAGGAGAGUCUGGAUGGAGAGCCCCACUCUCACCAGGUAACACCGCUAGAGACUGAAGAGACCGAAAGCUCUGAGUGUCAGAACAAUGUGUCCACCCAGCAGUUGGACAUAGAAAAUGAGGAUACUGCCACGGACAAUGAGCAUAGCGACUCUGGGGAGUUUGUCGUCACAAUGCUGGCCAAGGCCAAGCUGGAGGAGCAAGGACUAGGCGUGAAGGGAGGGUCUUCUCCAUUAUUGGAGGCAGAAACCCAGGAGCCUCCUGCUUUUAUGUCUCAUCGUGAUGAGGAUGUGACAGCUGACAGCUGGAGGCAGCACAGGAAGCAUGUUUUUGUUCUGAGUGAAGCAGGCAAACCCAUAUAUUCCCGUUACGGCAGUGAAGAGGCUCUUUCUUCUACAAUGGGAGUCAUGAUGGCGCUUGUUUCCUUUGUCCAAAGUGGAGAUAAUAUCAUCCGCUCAAUCUAUUCAGAUGGGCACACCGUGGUGUUUUUACAGAAAGGGCCUCUGGUGCUGGUGUGUGUCUCCAGCAGUCGUCAGACAGAGAAGCAGCUGCGUGGAGAGCUCCUCUAUGUCUACUAUCAGAUCAUCAGCAUGCUCACACAAGCCAGCAUAUCUCGCAUCUUUGAACACAAGAAGAACUACGACCUGAGGAGACUUCUGGCGGGCUCGGAGAAGAUUCUGGAUGGUCUUCUCAACCUGGUGGACUCUGACCCUAGCUUCCUGCUGGCAGCUGUACAGUGCUUACCCUUGGCUUCCUCUCUCAGGGACAAUAUCAGCCAGAUACUGCAGAAAGCCAUCACCCCAAAUCUGGUUUUCUCCAUCCUCAUCGCCAACAACCAGCUGCUCACCAUCGUCCAAGAAAAGACAGUCAUCGAGGACUCCAGGUUGGAGCCCGCUGACAUCCAUCUCCUGCUCAACCUCAUCGGAGCCUCCUCUGCCUUUCAGGCUGGGGAGAUCUGGACUCCCAUCUGCCUCCCCCUCUUUAAUCCUGACUGUUACUUUUAUGCAUACAUUUCUUACCUGGACCCUCCAGAAUGCACUGUUUGCUUGCUGCUGCUCUCGACAGACAAGGAGGCUUUCUACGCUGUAGCUGAGUGCAAGAGGAAGAUAGAGGAGGCCAUGAUGGCGCAGAACUCUCUGAGCCUCAUUGCCAAAGUCCAGUCGUACAGCGUGAGCCAGGUGGGGGUCUCAGACCUCAGACACUUCAUGUACAAGCCCUUUGACGUGCCAGACACCUACCAGCAGCUCACUCAGUUCACCAGCCCAGAGAUGGAGGCCCCGUACAGCAGUGAAGAGGAGAAGAUGAGACUGCUGGACCUCUACCGGUAUAUGCACAGCCGCAUCCACAGCACCUCCCGACCCCUCAAGCUCAUCUACCACGUGGCUGAGAGGGAGACCCUGCUCGCCUGGGUCACCAGUAAGUUUGAGCUGUACACCUGCUUCAGUCCUCUGGUGACAAAGGCCUGUGCUAUCACUGCUAUCACCAAGCUUCUGAGGUGGAUUAAGAAGGAGGAGGACCGUCUCUUCAUCAGAUACCCCCCAAAGUAUUCAACCACCCCGAAUCCCAGCAAGAGCUCUCGAGGUGGUAAAUCUGACCAGCAGGACUCCACAGAUAACGGCUUCUUAUCUCUUCUAUAGGACUCUCUCUCUUAGCACUCCGCCUCAUUCAACAAUAGUUUGUACACUGGUUCCAAGAUAUUUUCGAAGCCUCUUUUGAAACAUGUUGGACUAGACAAACAUCGACUACUGGAAUCAAACACUACAAACGUUUUACAAUAUUUAAGAAGGAAUGAACUCUUUCAAUAUAGUAGUAUUUCUUUACCUGAACAAGAAAGCAUGUCAUUGCGCCACUGCUUCUGAUCAGAAACAGUCAUGGCGAAACAGCAUUAGUAUGUUUUAAAUUGAACUGUGGUAGACAAAUAAUUGCAAUGAUAUUUAAAUGUUUUUAUAUUGUUUUAUUACUCCAUUAAGACAGGAAAUUCCCUCGCGGACAGUGAAUGUAUCGCAGACGACAGGCUAUUCACAAGCUAUAACUAUUAAUAGCAGUAAGUAAAGAUGAGGAAGUAAAAAUAACUUAAACUACCUUUCACAAACUCUGUAAUAGAGAUUUAUUUCAUGGAACAAAAGCACCCAAUGUGACAAAACGGGAUAUGCAAGGCAUGAAUGCGUGGCAUGUUUUCGGGCUCAGCAUAAACUGGAAAAACAACAACUGGCUUCCAGAACAGGGAUGUGCCUCCAUGUGUCAUUCAGGCUGCGUUACGAACAGGCAAAUUGCUCUCUGUUGAUUUGCACAUCCCAGUGAUGGAAAUGUAUUUCCCAGUCAUUCAAAUUUUAAGAUGAUCAGGUUUCAUUCAUGUUACAUUUUGUGCAGAAAACAAGUAGGAGAUUCAGCCUGUUACUUGACAACGUCAUUAUUUUCAGCUAGUGUUUUCAUUGUCAUCUAGUCUAGCUAAGAAGAUGCCACUGAGCUCGCUCAAUGAUUAUCACUCAACACUCGAUGCAGUGACUUCAGGCGACUUUUUUCGAUGACAGUUUUGUAAAGAUGGUUUAUAAACAGUAGCCUCAUCCUUGUGUCCUUUGAGGAUUUUCUUGUCAAUUCAAGUCUUAAGAGUAUGUCUAUAGUAUUAUGAAAUAAAUCCCAGAUUGCACAAAUCUAUACUUGUCCUGAUUAAG